UUAAAAGUGAGGGAGUCGCUCUGAGGAUUGUUUAUGCAACGGGCCAAACCACACCUUUGAAAAUGUUCUCGAAAAUGAUUAAAUACAGCUCUACUCGGACCAAAACAACAUUGUGGGUUCAUCACUGUCUAAGAACAACAACAACCAUCGUUUUAACAAACGGCCAAUAUGUCACCAAGAAGACUUGGGACUCACACCACAAGAUGAUGUUAGAGCCUCUGGCCAUCAACGACUCUGAGGUGUUCUCCAUCAUAAAAAAGGAGAAGCAAAGGCAGACAUAUGGGCUGGAGCUGAUUGCUUCAGAGAACUUCAUCAGUAAAGCUGUUCUAGAAGCUCUGGGAUCUUGCCUCAACAACAAGUACUCCAAGGGAAAUCCUGGCCAUAGGCACUUUGGUGGAUCCGAGCAUGUUGACGAGCUGGAGAGUCUCUGUCAAAAGCGAGCACUGGCGGCCUAUUGUCUGGACUCUCAAAAAUGGGGCGUGAAUGUGCGAUCAUAUUCAGGUUCACCUGCCAACUUUGCUGUCUACACUGCUAUUGUGGGUCCCUACGGUAGAAUCAUGGGCUUGGACCUUCCCGAUGGAGGUCACCUGACACAUGGUUUCAUGACGGAAAAGAAAAAAAUCUCUGCAACAUCCAUAUUCUUUGAGUCCAUGCCGUACAAGGUGAAUCCUAAAACUGGUUACAUCGAUUAUGACAGACUUCAAGAAAAUGCACAGCUUUUCCACCCAAAACUCAUCAUUGCAGGAACGAGCUGCUAUUCCCGUAACAUUGACUAUGCCCGCAUGAGGCAGAUCGCUAGAGAGAAUGGCGCGUAUCUGAUGGGAGACAUGGCGCACAUCAGUGGACUGGUGGCUGCCGGAGUCGUGCCUUCACCCUUUGACUACUGUGACAUUGUUUCCACAACGACACACAAGACACUGCGCGGCUGCAGAGGCGGACUGAUAUUCUUCAGGAAAGGUGUGCACAGUGUUGACGCCAAGGGGAAGGAGACUACAAUGUACAAUCUCGAGUCUUUAAUCAAUCAAGCCGUCUUUCCAGGGCUGCAGGGCGGCCCACACAACCAUGCCAUCGCAGGUGUUGCUGUGGCUCUCAGACAAGCCAUGACACCAGAGUUUAAAGCUUACCAGAUGCAGGUUCUUGUCAAUUGUCAAGCUCUUUCCACUGCCCUCAUAGAGUACGGCUACAAGAUUGUUACUGGUGGUUCUGACAAUCAUCUUAUCCUGUUGGACCUGCGCAGUAAAGGAACAGAUGCAGUACGAGCCGAGAAAGUUCUGGAAGCCUGUGAUAUUUCUUGUAAUAAGCACGCCUGUCCAGGGGAAACAAGUGUAAUGAGCCCCAGUGGACUAAGACUCGGCUCUCCGGCACUCACAUCCAGAGGCUUGAAGGAAGAUGACUUCAGGAAGGUGGCAGACUUCAUUCAUAGAGGCAUUGGGCUUACCCUGGAGGUGCAGAGAAGUUUGGAUCCGAAGGCCACUCUGAAGGAAUUCAUCCAGGCGUUGGUCCAGGACGAGAAGUUCCAGCAGCGUGUAACUGAGCUCAGGACAGAGGUGGAGGCUUUCGCCGGUAAUUUUCCUAUGCCUGGUCUCACUGAACUGUAGAUGAUGAUGACUCAGACACUGAUGGGUGUUUUGGGGUUGAUAAUUAUGGAAAAUAGCACAUGCAAUUUUGGAGGGGUGAAGUUGUGUGUAUAAUAGAAAUGGUUAGACUGUGAAGACACUUAACAGUCACACCUUCAAUAUCUUUAUUUUGUUGUGGUCCACUACAGCUUUCAAUGUUUCAUCCGCAUUUAAGCUUUAAUGUUCAUUGAAUUACUGUACCAAAUCUAUCACUUAGAAGUUGCCUUACAGUCAUUUGUGAAAACUGUAAUGCCAUGUAUCAAUCUAUCCGUUUCAUAAUUAAGCAUGAUUAUAAUUAGAGUACAGUGGAACCUCGAUUUAACGGACUAUUGGGGGGAGGGGUCGUUAAAGCAGAUUGUCCUUUAAAUUGAACCACUUUUUUCGUGGCCUAUAUAAAAAAAACUAGUACAGUACAAAAUUAUUGUAAAUAGGUGUAGAAAAAAAACCAAGUUUAUCCAAACUUACCUUACUGGUGCAUGUGAGGGGUGAUUUUGAGUUAUUUUGAGUUCCAACCGGACACUAUUUUCUGUCCGUUAAAUCUGCAGUCUGUUAAAUCAUCAAUCCAUCCAUCCAUUUUCUGAGCCGCUGCUCCUCACGAUGGUUGCGGGCGUGCUGGAGCCUAUCCCAGAUGUCAUCGGGCAGGAGGCGGGCCAGCCAAUCGCAGGGCACAUACAAACAAACAACCAUCCGCACUCACAUUCACACCUACGGGCAAUUUAGAGUCUCCAAUUAAUGCAUGUCUUUGGGAUGAGGGAGGAAACCGGGGUGCCCGGAGAAAACCCACGCAGGCACGGGGAGAACAUGCAAACUCCACACAGACGGGGCCGGGGAUUGAACCCGGGUCCUCAGAACUGUGAGGCUGACGCUCUAACCAGUCGGCCACUGUGCCGCCUCUGUUAAAUCAGGGUCCAUUAAAUCGAGGUUCCACUGUAGAGCUAAACGAUUGCUCACCCUUCAUUGACUUUGGUGAAUGCAGCUUUGGCCAGGAGGGGUUGAUGCCAUGAGGCAUCAUGUCAUUAUUCACUGGGUGUUUUGACCCUGAACCCUCACAUCCUCCGGAUGGUGAGUCAGCAGUGGAGGCCAAAUCACUCCCCAUCUCCUUCUCCUGCUUUCCAUCUUAACUCCUCUAUCCUGCUCGCUCCAUAACAAGCAAGAGACUAUUUCCGCUGCCUUCCUCAUCUUACGAGCUGGUGCCUUUCACUCCAUUCCUGUCAUCUCAAGGGCCGUGAGCAUUGUCCACAUUGAUUGAAUAGGGAAUCCUCUACAGCCAAAUUCGACUGAGAAUAGCCAUACCUGCCAUCCUUUCUCCCUGCAAUCACUUAGCAGGUCCUAGUACUUGGCUUCUUCCUUUCAAAGGCUUGUUCACAGCCCUCCUAUGGGACAGUAGGUUUGAUGUGAAAGAUUGUCUUUGCCUCUUCAGACAACAGUACCACAUCUGGCUUUAGGGUUAUCUGGAAAACCUGGGGGAACUGCAGUCUUCCUCCCAGGUCAUCAUAUAUUCAGAAUACAAGUACAAAUGAAUUCUGUAUUUUAUGUACAG